AUGGCGAUGUUAGGUGCACAGCAAGUUCAAGCAGCAGCUUGUACUCCAGAUAUCGUUGGGAAUGCUUUUGUGCAUCAGUAUUAUCACAUAUUGCAUCAAUCUCCUGAGCAUGUUCACAGAUUUUACCAAGAGAUUAGCAAGUUAGGCCGACCUGAAGCGAAUGGUAUGAUGAGCAUCACUACUACCUUGCAAGCUAUAGACAUGAAGAUACAGUCAAGUGGUUAUGGUGUAAGCGUUGCGGAGAUAGCAAACGUGAACACACAGGAAUCUUACGGCGGUGGUGUUCUCGUACUCGUGACUGGGUAUCUGACUGGAGAAGACAGAGUCAGGAGGUUGUUUACUCAGACCUUCUUCCUAGCUCCACAGGAGACGGGAUACUUUGUGCUGAAUGAUAUGUUCCGUUUCAUUGAUGAAACCACAAUCGUACAUGGGAAUCAGAUUCCGGUGAAUAUCAUUCAAGUCCCUGUCAACAUUCACCAGGAUCCAGCUGCUGCUCAGGACAUUCCAGAUGACUUUGUUGAGGAGAAAUACGUCCAAGAGAAUCAUGCUGUUGAGCAACCUGAUGUGCUGUCCAAGAGCAUUAACGGGCCUGAAGUGUUCACUCCCUUUGAGAAUGAACAAGUAUCAGCUACAGAAGAAACUCCAGCGCCUGAAGUAGUUCAUGAAGCUCCAGUUGAUGUGCAGAAGGUUGGAGAAUCUGACUCUAGGAGUGGCGAUGUUCCAAAGAGAUCUUACGCAUCCAUUGUGAAGGUUAUGAAAGAGAAUGCUUCGCCAAUGUCUGCUUCAAGAUCCCCAACAAAGGUGGAACCAAAGAAGCAAGAAGAGCAAGCCACUCACGUCCCUCUUCCAACACCGUUGGCUGAGAAAUCAGAGCCGGGAGCAAAUGGAGCUGCAAAUGGGAACGAUCAAGAAAGUGAAAGAGCUCUAGGUCCAUCCAUCUAUCUAAAGGGCUUACCACUCGAUGCAACACCAGCCUUGAUCGAGAAUGAGUUCCAGAAAUUCGGACUUAUUCGCACCAACGGAAUCCAAGUAAGAAGCCAGAAGGGAUUCUGUUUUGGUUUCGUUGAGUUUGAAUCCGCAGCUUCCAUGCAAAGCGCAAUCGAGGCAUCGCCUAUCACACUCAAUGGGCAGAGAGUAGUUGUGGAGGAGAAGCGUUCUACGGCACGAGGGAGCUACAGAGGACGUCCUGCGUUUGCUGUAGGCACAGGCUACAGAAACGAAGGAGGAAGGGGUCGUGGUAACAACUUCGGAGGUGGUAGAGGAGGAGGAGGCUACGGUGGUCGGGGUGAGUUCAAUGGAUAUGGUAACAACAGAGGAAACAAUAGAGGAGGAUACGCAAACAACAGAGCAAAUGGCGACAGCAACGGUGGUGGUGGGUUCCCGAGGGCCAAUGGUGGUGGUAACAACGGACGUGUAAGACGUGGCGGUGGUGGAAUUGAUGCUAACGGAUCUGCUAAACCCGUGGAUGCUCCUCCUCGCGUCUCUGUCACUGCGUAA